GCGGGGAAGGAGGGGGCCGGUUACGUGUCGUCGUUCUUGCAAAGCGACAUGGUUCGUAAGGGCGGGAAGUCGAAGCCUUCUGUCCGCAAUGGUCGCCCGCGGGCGAAGAAAGGCCAGGAAAAAGGGAGCGCUGGCGACGGCGACGGUGAUGCGGAGGAGAAGCGCAACUUUUGGUCUGUCGAACACAUUAUAGCCCUCAUAAGGGCUAAACGUGAUCAAGAUGCGCAUAUGCAGGGGGUGGGGCACGCUUACGCCCGGAUGAAACCGCGGGAAUGUAAACGGCAAGACGUUGCUCAAAGAUUGGGGAACAUGGGCGUGGACAGGGAUGCCGAGAAAUGCGAGAAGAAGUGGGACAAUUUGAUGCAGCAGUUCAAGAAAGUCCACCAUUUUCAAUCGCCGUCCGGGGGGGCUGACUUCUUCCAGUUGUCAGCCAAGGAGAGGGCGAGCAGGGGCUUCAAUUUCACUAUGGAUCGUAUUGUUUACAACGAGAUAGAGGGGUCGACCGGGAUGAACCAUACCAUCCACCCGAACAACAUGAAAGACACUGGGGCUUCUGGCGGUGUUCGUUUGCCGUUGACGUUGAACGCGGAUCCUGAAUCGGUGGCGGAUGGGGACGGAGGUGUGGGGCAAGAAGACGACGAUGAGGGGUCGACGCGAGGUUCUUCCCAGAUGACGGGUACCCCCGCUGGUUCUGGGAAGAGGAAGAGCACGAGGCAGCAGACUUUUGACGUGCUGACGAACUGCAUGGAGAAGCACGGUGCACUAAUGACGUCGACGAUGGAGAGUGCCAGCAAGCGGCAAUGCUCCAUCCAGGUCCGGCAGUGCGAGGCAUUGGAAGCUGAAGUGGAAGUGCAGAGGAAGCACUAUGCUGCGUCAGACGAAGUCAGCAAACUCAUGUGCCACGUGUUGUUGGAAAUAACGAAGGCUAUUCGUGAGUGGUAAGUUGCUAGGCUGUGUGUUGUGCAUUUGUGGCCUCCGGGGAUGUCAGCGAGCAUUCAGUAGCAGGUUUCCCCUU